AUGACACCAUCAAAAAAAGCUUUGCUAGCCAUCACCCCAAUAACGACACCUUUUAUAAAGACGGUUCUAAAACUGGGGGUUUUGUAGUCGAAGCUCUGCACCCUUACCUGUUGUUCAAAGAAAAAGAAUUUGAGGUCGCGAUAUUGUCUCAGAGACAAAAAACAUUCGAUUACGAUGAGCACUCCCUGACUUCUGACUUCCUCAGUGGUAAAAAUUCGAAGCUGUACGAAGACAAAUCAUCCGACUCUAGCAAGGCGGUGCAAGGCGUGAAGAAGGCUAGUGAGCUGAAAGCUGAAGACUAUUCCAUUUUUUUCGCCUCUGCUGGCCACGGUACUUUGUUUGACUACCCUAACGCUAGAGGCCUCCAAAAACUAGCUUUUACGAUAUACCAGCACGGAGGAGUUGUUGCAGCGGUUUGGUAUGGUCCUGCCAUCUUCGAAAAUUUGAAGUAUUUGCACACAAACAAAAACAUCAUUGAAGGAAAGUCGACCACAGGUUUCACUGAUAUAGGAGAGGAGAUGCUGAGCGUGGAUGACAUCAUUAAACAAAAAGGUCUGUAAACGGUCGAGAAUGUUGCCAAGUCUUGUGCUGCCAAAUAUCUCUCACGUAUUGGACCUUGGGACGACUUUUCCAUCACAGAUGGUCGUAUUGUCACUGGUGUGAAUCCAGCGUCCACACAUUCCACUGCUCUUAGA